AUGCCUUUUCCAGUCAACGCCAGCACAUCUUCCCCCAUGGCAAGGGCCCUGUGGCAGUUUCGGAAAAUGAUCCGAUGUGUCAUUCCUGAAAGUCGACUGCUCACAGAAUACAAUCAUUAUGGAUGUUACUGUGGCCUCGGAGGUUCUGGAACACCUGUGGAUGAUCUUGACAGGUGUUGUCAAAUCCACGAUGAGUGCUAUGGAGCUGCUGAAAAUGUCCCAAAGUGCUAUUCAUUUCUUCACUAUCCACACGUCACAACCUACACCUAUGCCUGCUCUGGGACCAACAUCGCCUGUGCAAGUGAUAACAAUUGCUGCCAAAUGCACGUCUGCCAGUGCGACAGAGCUGCAGCAAUAUGCUUCUCAGGGGUGCAUUACACUGAAGAACACAAGAGCCUGGACAAGAAGAAAUAUUGUCAAUUAUGA